AUGAGAAGUAGAACCACCGGGUACUGUUUCAGUGCCCAGUCAUUUACUAACGAUUUACAUCUGGCUUUUCGUCUUGGUUGCAGUACUAAAGAUACUUGUGAACAGUUUGCCAGUUCAGAACAAAAGAGAGUAAAUUUUGAUGAAGGGUGCUGUAACCAUGAUAAAUGUAACAACAAACCACCAUCUUUGUUACAUUCGACGCCUUUACCAACACCUAACCCAAUCGUGCCUACUUCCGGUAGUGAUUUCUGCGUCAACAAAGACGAAGACACGUGUCAAAGAUUUGCUCUAUUGUAUCCUAAUCCAUGUCAGUACGACUGCGUCAAAUCACUGUGUCCCCACAUGUGUCAGCAAUGUUUUUAUUGUCUUAACUGCGACGGAAUUUCAAACCCCAAUCAAUGUAAACAGAUAACCGUCUGUGGGAAUGGGACGGCAAGUUUGCUAUGGUUACGAGAAGCUAAAUAA